AUGUCGGCUCCCGUGAUCCCCCCCGGUGGAACCAUCGUUCAAACCUUUAAACAGUCCUUUGUUGACGUUCCCAUCGACGCCGCGAAGGACAACGCCAUUGCUACGACAGAGUUUCUCGCAGCUGCCGAGUCCCUGACGACCAUCUUCGAUGUCCUUGGCUCCGUGGCAUUCUCACCCGUCAAGUCGGACAUGAACGGCAACAUCAAGAAACUUCGCGAUCGCCAGCUCGCCUCCCCGGCAGAGUCAGAGAACGUUCAAGACCUAUGCCGCAACGAGCUGAAGACCAAGAAGCACACCGCCACCGAGGGCCUCCUCUGGCUGGUUCGCGGCCUUGAAUUCACCUGCAUCGCCCUUAGUCAAAACGUGGCGAAGCCUUCGGAGGAGCUUGCGGACUCUUUCCGUGGCGCCUAUGGCCAGACCCUAAAGCCCCAUCACGGGUUCCUCGUCAAGCCCAUCUUCAGCGCCGCGAUGGGCGCAUGCCCCUAUCGCAAGGACUUCUACGCCAAGCUUGGCUCGGACGAGUCCAAAGUCAAGGAUGACUUGCGCGUUUACCUCGCCGCACUCGAAAAAGUGGUCACCAUCCUGAAGGGUUUCCUCGAAAGCAAGGAUGCCAAGUGGUAA